AAGAGUGGAGAGUUUUAAAUCUCUCGGAGUAACAAUCACUGCAGAUAACGAAUGGUAACUGCAGAUAACGGUAUCGCGAAAGAGAUUAAAGGAAGAAUUAAGUCAGCAAACAGAUGUAUCUACAGCCUUCACAAUACUAUUAAAUCUAAAAGCCUAACACAAACAUCAAAGAUUAGAAUAUAUAAAUGGGUUAUUAGACCGGUGCUCAUGUAUGGGUAUAAGACGUUUACCCUGACCAAAGAAACUGAAAGAAAACUUAGAUGUUUUGAGAAGAAAAUCUCCAGAAGAAUCUUUUUGUCUUAUCAGGACAUAGUCCAAGAGAUUAAAUCCCAACGUCUAAGAUGGGCUGGUCAUGUUCAUAGACUUCCUAAUAACGGCCUUGCCAAGUUAAUAUGGAAGGAUGCCCCCAUAGAAAGAAGGAAUGACGUCCACAACUGCGAUGGAGAGAGAAUAUAU